AGAAUCAUUCACAAACCACUCUCUCGGUCAGCAUCGCUAGCUCCUGUCUCCAAAACCAUCUCAUUUCAUUUUCCUAGUUUCGCUACCUUGUAUAAGACACAAGAACGGGCGUUGACUUUUUCCAAUCUCUAUCAAUUCUUUGCCAUUAUCCUCCGCCACCACUCAGUAUUCUAACUUGACAUUAAGUGAGAAUCUACCAGAGCAAUAUGAGUGAGGAUCCAAAGAAAGCGGCCACUACUGGCCAGGACAAGAUGUUAACAUCACCAGAACAGCAGGCAUUGAUCAAUGAGAUGAGAAGGUUAAUUGGGCCACAGUCUGGUAAGGCAUCUAUUUUUUGUUCUGAUGCCUGCAUCUCAAGGUAUUUAAGGGCACGGAAUUGGAAUGUCAAGAAGGCAGCUAAAAUGUUGAAAGUGACCCUGAAAUGGAGAGAAGAAUACAAACCAGAAGAAAUCCGCUGGGAAGAUGUUGCUCAUGAAGCAGAGACAGGAAAAAUCUAUAGAUCAAACUAUAUUGACAAGCAUGGGAGAACUGUCCUAGUAAUGAGGCCUGGUCGACAGAACUCAAAGUCAACUAAAGGACAAAUUAAAUAUUUGGUAUACUGCAUGGAGAAUGCUAUUUUUAAUCUUCCACCAGAACAAGAACAAAUGGUCUGGUUGAUUGACUUCCAGGGUUUCAAUAUGUCACAUAUAUCAAUAAAGGUGACGCGUGAAACUGCACAUGUAUUACAAGAACAUUAUCCUGAACGCCUGGGUCUGGCAAUACUUUACAAUGCACCCAAGUUCUUUGAACCAUUUUUCACGAUGGUAAAGCCGAUACUAGAGACUAAGACUUAUAAUAAAGUCAAGUUCGCAUACUCGGAUGAUCAAAACACCAAGAAGAUUAUGGAGGAUUUGUUUGACUUUGACCAACUUGAAUCUGCAUUUGGUGGGAAUGAUGAUACAGGAUUUGACAUAAAUAAAUAUGCUGAUAGAAUGAAAGAGGAUGACAAGAAGAUUCCUGCUUUUUGGACUAGGGAAAACACUCCGUCAUCAGUUCCAACUCAUGUUCCUUCUUUAGAUUCUACUAGGUUAGACUCAAAUACUGAUGAUUGUUCGGACAAUGAGAAACUAGACUCUUUCCCUGACCUCGUGGUGGACACUGGUAUUAUUAACCCGAACCAGAAAAGCUUGGUUAAUGAAGGAGAAAGAAAAGCCAGUGCAGAUUAGAAUGAGAAAUUAGAUUCCUUUGAAAUAGCAUACAGACACCGGGUUAUCAAGAUGCCGUGUCAUUAUUACUUUGAAGUUAGAAUCAAGUGACCUUUUGUUAACUUGAUGUUGCAUUUAAGGUGGUCACAUGUUUUUUCUUUGGGAAUUCCAGCUUUUUUCUUAUAAAACAUGAGUGGAAUGAUUGCUUGUUCA